UCUUCCGGCUAUGGAGGUCUGACAGAAAGACAUUUAGAAAGCUCCUAAGCUCAAGUAGGCGUUUAUAACCCUUCAGCCGAGGACCAGCAAAGGAAGCUUGUUUGGAACAAAAAUUCAGUGACGAUGCCGGUUGCUGUCGGACCGUAUGGGCAGACCCAGCCCAGCUGUUUCGACCGGGUCAAGAUGGGCUUUAUGAUGGGCUUUGCCGUGGGAAUCGCUGCUGGUGCCAUGUUUGGUACUUUCUCGUGUAUCAGAAUCGGCAUGCGAGGACGGGAGCUCAUGGGAGGUGUGGGGAAGACCAUGAUGCAGAGCGGGGGGACGUUUGGCACCUUCAUGGCCAUUGGGAUGGGCAUCCGUUGCUGAGGACGACGAGGAGAAAGCCCUCUGUGCAAUCUAAAUACACCUAUGGGACUUUUACACUAGCAGCCACGUCGCGUGUCCACUCAUUCAUGUCACACCACCAUCUUGUUUCUUUCAUUAAAAGGAAGCCCAAAAGUA